UAUUGGGGUAUGCCUGGUAAUAAACAGUAAUAUUUAAUUUGUUGGAGACCACAAGCCAACUGCGAGCUGGGAGGUACUGUGCUCCUCUGGACAGACUUUGGAGAGAAGCCUAGCAUAAGAAGGGGGUCGCUUCUGGGGUCCUUUCAAGCCCUGAAGCCCCUGCCUCAGCAAGGUGCACUCCUGGAUUCUGCGCUGGAAAGAAGAGGUGAGAUUUUUGGAGAGCAGCACCUUGCUCGGGCACCGGGCCCCAGGCGGACCAUGGCCGAUGCAGAGGAGGGCUUUGGCCUGGCGCACACACCUCUGGAGCCAGAUUCGAAAGACCUGUCCUGUGAUCCCAAACCUGAGAACGCCUUAGGGGUGCCCAGCAAGUCUCCAUCGUCCCCACAGGCCGCCUUCACCCAGCAGGGUAUGGAGGGAAUCAAGGUGUUUCUCCACGAAAGAGAGCUGUGGUUGAAAUUCCACGAAGUGGGCACCGAAAUGAUCAUUACCAAGGCUGGAAGGAGGAUGUUUCCCAGUUACAAAGUGAAGGUGACCGGCCUCAAUCCCAAGACCAAGUACAUUCUCCUCAUGGACAUUGUCCCUGCCGACGACCACAGAUACAAGUUCGCAGAUAAUAAAUGGUCUGUGACGGGCAAGGCCGAGCCUGCCAUGCCUGGCCGCCUCUACGUGCACCCAGACUCCCCGGCCACCGGGGCGCACUGGAUGCGCCAGCUCGUGUCCUUCCAGAAGCUGAAGCUCACCAACAACCAUCUGGAUCCGUUUGGCCACAUUAUUCUAAAUUCCAUGCACAAAUACCAGCCCAGAUUACACAUCGUGAAAGCAGACGAAAAUAAUGGAUUUGGUUCAAAAAAUACGGCGUUCUGCACCCAUGUUUUUCCUGAGACGGCGUUUAUCGCGGUGACUUCCUACCAAAAUCACAAGAUCACACAAUUGAAGAUUGAGAAUAAUCCCUUUGCCAAAGGCUUCCGGGGCAGCGACGACAUGGAACUGCACAGAAUGUCGAGGAUGCAAAGUAAAGAAUACCCUGUGGUUCCCAGGAGCACGGUGAGACAGAAAGUGGCCUCCAACCACAGCCCCUUCAGCAGUGAGCCCCGAGCUCUCUCCACAUCCUCCAACUUGGGGUCCCAGUACCAGUGUGAGAACGGCGUCUCCGGCCCCUCCCAGGACCUCUUGUCUCCACCCAACCCAUACCCGCUGCCCCAGGAGCACGGACAGAUAUACCACUGCACCAAAAGGAAAGAUGAAGAAUGCUCCACCACAGACCACCCCUACAAGAAGCCCUAUAUGGAGACGUCCCCCAGCGAUGAGGACUCCUUCUACCGCCCCAGCUACCCCCAGCAGCCGGGCCUGAGUGCCUCCUACAGGACAGAGUCGGCCCAGCGGCAGGCCUGCAUGUAUGCCAGCUCUGCCCCACCCAGUGAGCCAGUGCCCAGCCUGGAGGACAUCAGCUGCAAUACGUGGCCCAGCAUGCCCUCUUACAGCAGCUGCACGGUCACCACGGUGCAGCCCAUGGACAGGCUGCCCUACCAGCACUUCUCUGCUCAUUUCGCCUCAGGGCCCCUGGUCCCGCGGCUGGCUGGCAUGGCCAACCACAGCUCCCCGCAGCUUGGAGAGGGGAUGUUCCAGCACCAGACCUCUGUGGCCCAUCAGCCUGUGGUCAGGCAGUGCGGGCCUCAGACUGGCCUCCAGUCCCCCGGCAGUCUGCAACCCCCUGAAUUCCUCUACUCUCACAGCGUGCCCAGGACCCUGUCUCCACACCAGUACCACUCUGUGCACGGAGUUGGCAUGGUGCCAGAGUGGAGCGAGAACAGCUAAAGGGAGGCCGGCCUUGCCACAGACCUUUGCCAGAGAAGGGAGAGAGA